UCCAGACUAAUAUCUACUGGCUGGUCAGGCUGGUAAAUUUAGCUUGUCAGGCUGGUUGACCAUUUUUCAUAGUCUUAUAUUUCAACAGUUUUACGACAAACUGUGACUUUUUUGACAUGGAAAUUAUUUUUUAAGAUUGACAAACAUCAUGGCACAAUUCAAACGGGAUCGAAAGAUAAGUUUCCUCUCGCCAUUGACUUCAAUACAUAUUUUUUCCGAAAUAAGGUCCCAUGAGUUCCACCGGAAAGGGAGGAACGGGAGGAAAGGGAGCUUCAUGGAAGCUCCCUGAAGUAGCUGCCGCCAGGCGCUAGGACCCAGCAGAGCAGCGGGCUGUAGUGUAUCUCCUGUAUCUGUCAGCGUAGGCUCUGCACGCCUUCACUCACUCAUGGGCCUGAAUUAUAUUUCAACAACUCUCUCAUGGACAGCAUCAGCAGCGGAAUGGAAACAAACGGCACCAAAUCGAUGGAGGUGUUGGUGAGUGAGCUGGGCGUCCUGCUGAAGAUGCUGGACCAGGAGAACCUCAGCUCCGACACGCAGGAGAAGAAGACCUCCGUGUGGAACCUCCUGAAGCAAAUACAGCCAUCGGUUUCAGGAACAGACUGCAUCUACAUGAAUUCAGCUGUGUUCAGAAACGGCACCAGCUUCGUAGAGUCUCUCUUUGAGACCUUUGACUGCCAGCUUGGGGACCUAAAGGAUGUGACAGACGAUCUGAAAGACAACAACACACAAGCUGACACUUUAAAACAGGACUGUGCAGACUCCCCUGCCCCGCACUCCACUGACUCCCCUCCCCCUCUGCCCACGACGCCUCCCCCCGAGGAGUAUUACGAGGAGGCCGUGCCCCUCAGUCCUGGCACGUUGCCCGAGUACAUCAUCACACGAGUCAGGCCUAGCCCUCCCAACUCUAUCGAAGAUGGUUAUGAAGAUGCCGAAAGCAACUACCCCACUACGUGCAUCAACACACACCGCAAAAACUCAUACAAUGACUCUGAUGCUCUGAGCAGUUCCUACGAGUCCUAUGAGGAGGAUGAGGAGGAGAGGAGCCCCAGCGUCAGACUCACUCAUCAGUGGCCCUCGGAGGAGAGCUCCAUGCCCCCCGCCCGGGACUGUCGCAUCUGUGCCUUCCUGCUGCGCAAGAAACGCUUCGGCCAGUGGGCCAAACAGCUCACUGUCAUACGUGAUAACAGACUACAGUGCUAUAAGAGCUCUAAGGACACAUCCCCCUGUGUGGACAUGCUGCUGCCCCAGUGCACUGUGGUCUACGCACCCAAAGACAGCAAGAGGAAGCACCAUGAACUCCGCUUCACUCUGCCCAAUGGAGAUGCACUGGUGCUGGCCGUACAAAGCAAGGAGCAGGCUCACAGAUGGCUUAGGGUUGUUAGAGAGGUGAGCGGUCAGAGCGCUGGGCCUGAGGAAUCUGCGUCUCCCAUCAUUCCUAGAAAAACGGAACUUGACAAGAGGCUUUCUGCAGAGAGGAACACCUCAGACUCAGACAGUGUGGGUGUGUCGACUGGAGAGCACUGCAGAGAGAAUGGCAAGGUGAAACGGGGAGCUUUCGCUGCAGGCCGUAAAAUCACUCGUAUCAUCAGCUUCUCCAAGAAGAAGCCCCCUCGCCCAGGUGACCCCCGGACCUCAUACAGCGACCCUCGGCAAGGCUAUGUGUCGGUGCUGGUGCAUCAGGUGUGGCGGGAACAGUGGUGCCGUGUGUGCAAAGGCUCCCUGCACUUUUACAAUGACAAAGGAGACUCUCGGACGUCCCUGCCUUCACUUCCUCUCCAGGGCUGUGAAGUGCUCCCGGGGCUUGGACCCAAACAUCCCUUUGCCUUCCGAAUCCUGCGGACCAACACAGCGGUGGCUGCUCUGGAGGCUAGUAGCUCUGAGGAACUUGGACGGUGGCUUGGAGUCCUCUUGGCAGAGACAGGCUCUUCGACAGAUCCAGAGUCACUGCAUUACGACUAUGUUGACGUGGAAACCAUCGCUAACAUCCGCGAUGCUGCGCGGCAUUCCUUCCUGUGGGCCACAUCUUCCGUCAGUAACUCUACAGACUGCAGAACAUAUGAUGAGGUCCCUAAUGAGGACAUGCAGUCAGGAGAGAACCGCAGGCAGCAGUCUGGGAAUCAAGGGAAGAGGCGCUCAAGUUUCUCCAGCAGUGACUCUGACAGAACCAAGCCUUUAGUCUCCCUCAAACGAACAGGCUCAAAUGAAAACCAAUAUGGCAGGUAUGGGAAAACGCGAGCGGAUGAGGAUGCCAAACAUUACCUGAAAGAGAAGGAGGAGCUGGAAAGAGAGAGGGAUGGGAUACGAAAUGCACUUGUGACCCUCCGUAAGGAGAAGAGAGAGCUGAAGGAAGAGCUGAAGACCGCCUCUGAGAGGAGGAUGUCCUCCCUGAACAAGCGUGUGUCCCAGCUGGAGGACACCUGUCGAACCAAAGAGGCGGAGAGGGUGGACCUGGAGCUGCGGCUGACUCGGGUCACAGAGAACCUGAAGAAGAGCCUUGCUGGGGGAGCUCUGGGUGCGCCUGUUGAGGCUAAACCCCCUCUUAAGGCCUCCAGCAAAAAGAAACAGAAUAUCUACAGUGAUGCUUUACCAGUAAACUGUGCCUCAGAGAUGCGUCGGAGACCUCCAUCUGUUUACGCUUCUUCUGGAACUGUCAUGCAGAAAGCAAAGGAAUGGGAGUCAAAGAAAGCAACCUAAGAGCAGCAUUAUGGAGAGGACUGGAAAAGAGAGAUCAUGGACGUCAGGAUGUUGUUACUGUGAAAUUCAAUCUCUCUAAGGAUAUCCUUCCAUCUCCAGCCCAAAGCAAAGACUUUUCAGAGGAAUACAACUGUAAUGACAGAAAUUGCCAGCAGGUGGAGGUACAUCUCUCUGAAUAUUUACUCUUCUGUCUCCCUUAGAAAAUGUGAGAAUCCAAGGACACUUGCAAGUCUUUGUCCAAGUGAUUUCAUUGUAUUUUGUGAAAAUGUGGCAAACAGGAAUGAGGGUUUAUGGCAGAAAGACUCAAGAGAAGUGAAUUGUGUUGUAAAGGAGGGUUAACACAGGAUUAUGUUCUAAUCCUGUGUUAAAUGUGGUGAAAAUUGUGAAGUAGGUUUGAGAAAUGACGAGGGAGGCGAUUAAAGCCACAAUAUGUCUUCUUAAAUAAUCUACUUUUUUUAUUUGCCUGUACAGAGUGAGCCAUGACUACUGUUUUGUAUUUUAUUUUAUUUUUUAAAACAUUGUUCAAGGAUUCAUUUCUCAUCGUCAUUAUCAUCAUAACUACCUUUAAGAGGUAUUCAGUAAAGUGCCAUAAUGGCUGUGUGAAUUAUAUAUAUAUAUAUAUAUAUAUAUAUAUAUAUGCCAAACAUCAAACCAUCUGUU